AUGGUUGCUUGCCUAGGUGUGUACAGCAAGGCACAGCUGAAGAUGUUUUUGGAUCUGCUGCUCAUCACUCAUGGUGACCUCAACAUCAGUGACACUGAAGCCAUGGGGAGCAGCAGCAGCAGGGCACAGGGAAGCUGUGCAGAGCUCACCUCUCCUGCCUGGAGCUCCAUUGCCUCCAGCCCAUCCUCUGCCAGACUUAGUGGCAAAAUGUCGCAGGUGCAUCUUCUCUGCUUCAGUCUCUUGUUGCUGGGACGUAUCCUGGAUGUGCACGGCGGGAACAACGUCCUCGACUGCUGCCUGCGGACAAGCGAUGUGCCCAUCCCGCGGCGGAUUGUGCAGGAUUACUGGCUUCAGCUGGUGCAGGAUGGCUGUGACAUCCCUGCUGCCGUAUUCAUCACCACAAAGGGCAAGCGCCUCUGUGCACCCCUCCAUUCCCCGUGGGUGAUUCGUCUCCAAGAGAAGCUGGAUGCCAGCUUUGCCAAGAGGGUAUCUCUCUUCCAGGUCAGUCUCCUCCUGGGGAUCAGUGCCCUCCGGACUGGGAUCUCCAGCACUCCACUGGCAAUCAGCAGCUUCCAAGUCAGCGUCCUCUCUGGCUUCAGUGCCUUCCAGUCCCUGCAGCUGGAGGAGAAGAUGGAGUUCCGGCCUUGGGGAAAGGGGGAGAUCAUCUCCUCUGAGCAAGUAGCAUGGCAGUACUGA